CACGGCUUGCAACUUCGCGUUCCCUGCCGAAGUGGCCGGUUGAGCUUCUAGAACAAAGUCUAAAAAGGCGCCUCACUGCUCUGGCGCAUUAUGUGCAAGAUACUAUAGAUCUUUAUGCCUGAGGCAUGAAGGCAGAAUCACUGCUCCCCAGCAUUCACCUCCAAACUUUUUGGUCAGGUCGCGCAGCGUACGUUCGCCGCGAAUCCGCCAGAUACAGGGGCCAGCUCAGACUUGCUCAAUCAAAUCAGCGAAGCGAAGAGAGACCCGACCGGCCGUCCGGAAGCCCGCUUGCAGAAGAAUUCGUCGUGAACGUUGCCCACACCAUCCCACUCGGCAGCCUACGCGAGAAGCGGACCGUCAAAGAUGUCGUCCUUCGCAGAAAAGGAGGCGAAAGCCAAGGAGCUCAUGAACAAGCCGCGCAAUGAGCUGACCGAGUACGAGAUCUCGCUCGUGGAGGAGUACGAGUUCACCAUGGGCCCGCUCUCGGUCCUGCAGACGGCCGUCCGGUCGCACGGGCAGGUGCUGAUCUCGUGCCGCAACAACCGCAAGCUGCUCGCGCGCGUCAAGGCGUUCGACCGGCACUUCAACAUGGUGCUCGAGAACGUGAAGGAGAUGUGGAGCGAGCAGCCGAGGAACGCGCAGGGCAAAAAGGGCAGGGUCGUCAACAAGGACAGGUUCAUCAGCAAGAUGUUUCUGCGGGGCGAUUCGGUCAUCCUGGUGCUGCUGUCGUAGCCAUUUGUUGCGUGCUGACGCGCGAAGCAGAUGCUUACUGGAUUGGAUCAUACGCCUGGUUACGCACGCUUAGCUUGUGUGGGCGCAUCUUGAGGGAUCUCAACUGCUCCUCGCGGGAAGUAGAAAGCGAUGGCAAUGCACGAAAGCUUCAGCGUUGUUAUAUCGGCCGGUGCCAGGGCAAGAGAGAGAGAGAGGGGGGGAGGGAAAUUGUGAGAGAAAAAGGAUUUGGCAAGCCCGAAAAAAAAAUGAGACAUGAUGAUCAUGUAAGGCAUACACCAAGCCUUUAUAUAUUUUCUCCUCCUUCGAUUGCAGACCUCGCGUCAAUCAUCAAAUGCAAAAGAAGAUACACAUCACUUCAGACCUUCGUUUAAUCCCAUCAGAAACUCCGCAAGACCGUAGGCGCCUGGAUCCGGUACGGUUUUGAAG